AUGGCGUCACCCGAUAACGUCUUGGCAGAUGUGGACACUUUUCUGCAAGAAUUAGCCAACUCUACCGUUAAACCAUCUGAGCAUUUAUCGAUGUCUCAUCGCCAUGGCCCGCAUGAGCAGCACAUGCACGGAAAUCAUGUAGGCAUGCAACAUGGAAUGGGGAUGGGAAUGCAUGAUGGACAUAUGAUGAAAAUGUGGUUCCAUGGCGGAUAUAAUGAAGUCAUACUAUUUGAUUUCUGGCGAAUAGGUUCGAUAUCGGGACUAGUAAUUUCCUUUAUUGCGAUAUUUGUCAUGGGCGCAAUGUAUGAAGGGAUCAAAUGGUUCCGCGUGUAUUUGCAAAUGAGCAAUUCAACAGCAAGCUCUUGUUCUCAGAGAGAAAAUGGCAUCAGCCUUCAACACGUCGUUUACGACAAGGCUCCACUCCAGAAUGACAUUGCUCGAAGCACUUCAAACGAGGAUGUCUACAACCCCACAACAACGCCGCCCAGUCAUGCAAUCCGAUCUCACAAUCGUCGCUCAAGUCCAUAUACUUCAUCAUCUCCUUGUUCGUCUGUUCGACUCACCCAAGCAGCACUCUACGUCGCACAGCUUGUCUUGGCAUACUGGCUGAUGCUGAUUGUCAUGACCUACAACACAUGGCUCAAUGAUCGUCUCACAACUGCAUGCUCACUGGGCGAUGUUGAACUUGUUUGUAAUCAACUUUUUCUCAACUCACUGGCACAUCGUUUUGCAGCUAUCGCUGUGAUCCUUGGUGCAGGAUUUGGACAUUGGCUCUUCGCCGUUCUGAAAUUUCGAGAUCUCGCCGGUGAAACGGCUGAUUCAUUUGCGACUGAUGCCUGUCAUUGA